UGGUAUCACUGAGCGUGCCAAAUGAGCACAUGAAGACAGUAAUGUGAUCUGAGUUGAGUGACAGGACCCUUAUUUUUUAUUACAGAGGUUUGACAGGGCUAUAAAUGAGGCAUGAGGCAUGAGGCUGCAGGCAGGAGAGACAGACAGAGAGACACUGACCAUCCCAGCAGAAGACCUGUGGACUUAACUCUAUACCCCCAGCUACCCACAGUGAGAAUAAACCACAUAUCAAGGAGAAGAAUGGGACUGCACAGUGUUGAGGAACUGGUGUCCGGGAAGAGGUCAGAGGGCAAAGAGGCGGACGACUUCCAAGGCGGCGUGUACGAGGCGGCUGUCAAUCAAGAGAAGCAGGAUGGGGGCGGAGGUCUGUCGGAGGAGAGCGACUGUGGCGGCGAACAGGAGCAAGUCAGCGUCGCAGCUCUCAACAUGGAUAGAAGCGGCAGGCUGAAGUUGGAGACGGUGGAUGACCUGUUCAACAUCCUGCAGCUGAGGAAGAGGAGGAGGGAGAGGAAGGCUCCCGUCCAUAAGAAACAGCAGCCAGAGCCUGAGACAGUGCCAGAGACUGUGGAUGAUCAGCUGUUUCUGACAGCAGCCAUGGAGAACAAACUGCCUGUGGUGGAGAAGUACCUGACUGAUGGAGGAAGCCCCAAUGCAGCCGACAACUACCAGAGAACAGCUCUGCACAAAGCCUCGUUCAAAGGAAACGUGGAGGUCAUGAAAAGACUCCUGGAGGCCGGAGCUUCCAUCCAGAAGAAGGACAAGCUGGAGGCCACCGCAGUCCACUGGGCCUGCAGAGGAGGCAGCCUGCCGGCCCUGCAGCUCCUCCUCGACCAGGGAGCCAAGUUCACCGACAGAGACAAGUUGCACAGCACUCCUCUGCAUGUUGCGGUGCGGACAGGACACUGCGAGUGUGCCGAGCAUCUCAUUCACUGCGGAGCAGACGUCAACGCCAAAGACAGAGACGGAGACACGCCCAUGCACGAUGCUGUGAGAAUAAACAGAUUCAAGAUGAUCAAGCUGUUGAUGAUGUACGGGGCCGGUCUCAACACAAAGAACUGUGAUGGUAAAACUCCACUGGAGACACUGAAUUCGUGGCAGAACGGAGCCAAGAGCCUCCUGUGCAACUUCAGCCAGUAGGAACCAACACAUUCCACGAAGAAGAAAGCAGGAAUUCAACACUCGGCCUAAAGGAUCUGCUGGCGUCUCAGGGAAACAUUUCAAGUCCAUUCUAGUCUAUUCUAGUCCCACGUUUUGAUUGGCAGGCGGUCGAUGCCCUCUGGAAGUAACCGCAUUAUUAAAUCUGAAGUUCACUCAGCUGGAAUAAUGGCAACUAUCUUAACUAAGCCACAAGUUACUGCUCAUCUUACAGCCACGCUGGGCAAGCAGGAACCUGAAGAAGCAACGACAAUGUGAAGUGUAACCAGCUUGUUAAUAAUGCGAUAUAAUUAGUAAGCGAUAGAUUAACCGUUUGCCACAUAUUGCUGGACAAUGUCUCGGCUGACAAACAUGAAGAUGUUUUUAUUCUUCUUUUUCUUAAUUUUCACUUUAAGCUGAGGUCAGCGAUGCCGCAAUGAGAAGAUGAUGUAUUUAUUAUUGAUUAAUGACGACUGUCAGCGAUCAACCUGUUGGGUUUGACCUACACUUAACAACCACGUGACUGUCUAGAGUUGUACUGUAGUUUGAGUGUUUGAACCAAUUAUAUAUACACUUUAUUUAUUGAUUUGUAUUUAUUAACUAAUGGGAACUAGGAGGUAGUGUUUUUUUUUUCCAGAUGUACAUCUGGUUCACAUUUUCCUCACAGUUCCAUUAGAUCAACAGUUUGUGGAUCAAUCCAAGUGUAAAACUGACGUUAUUUAUUUGUAUAAAAUAGUGUAAAACUCGAGCCUAACCUUAUACUGGCAGAUUGUGUGUGUUAUACUUAAACAUUCAGAGGAGUUUAACCAAGUUCUUUGGUCUUGUGAAUUUUAAGAUUGAGAGAUGAGACGGGAAGAAGAAAGUUUUUGGGCUCAGAAUGAGAAGAGCCUCUCCACUUCCACUUGCUUUAUUGAUGUUGGUGAUUAGCAGUUAUACACAGAUACCGAUACUGGCCUUUUUCUCCUGCAGCGACAUCAGCUGCGAGUUAAAGAAACGUACUGCUGAGACAUGCCCAGUCAUUUGGAAGUUUAGUCUAGACGACCUUCAGACAAAAGUUUAUCUUGUUUAGAGUUUCCCAGUGUUCUUCUACUGGAGCUGGGGCCCAGACACCUUAUCGAAGGUCACCUCGGUGAUACAAACGUUUCAACUUGCCCUAGCAGACAUUCCAGCUGCUGGCCCAUUUUGACACACGCGCACACACACGCACACACACACACGCACACACGCGCACACACACACACACACACACACACACACACACACACAUACACAUGCACACACACGCGCAGAGUGAGAGAGGGAAGAAGAUGAAAAGUCAGAGUUGGUUCAGAGGAAGUUUGACAAGUGUUUUUAGAACAGGUCUUGAUAUGACUGGAAAUAAGAUUCAUUUUUUUAUUGUCAAAGAUGUAUGUGCAUUUUGCCUUGUAUUUGUGGAUUGUUUGAUUAAAACUGAUUUUGAAUUUAA